GAGUUACCUUCUCCCCUUGAUUCUCUUCUUACUGAGACCGAUCCACGUUCACGCUCAUUUCGCCACAAUAUUCGAAUGUACAAUUCGGCAUUAGCUUUUACAUCUAUAGGAGCAAAGAUUGAUCCUGAAGUUACUGGAACUAGCGGCAUUUACACCUUUCGUAUUCAUGGUGAAAUGUACCAUAGAAUAGGCACCCUGCUUCCCGAUAUUGAAACCCAACCUCAAUUUGCUCAGAUAUACAUCUUCGAUACUGAUAAUGAAUUGCAAAAUAGGUUAAAUAUAAUGCCCAGACUUGACUCCACUAUUCUUAUAGAACUUCAGCAGAUGUUACACGAUAUUAACCCGUAUGUUAAUGUGUUUCAGCAAGCUGCCAAUUUGUUAAGGCAUGAUCAAUCACUAGAAUUGAAGUUAAUAAUUACGGAUAACAGAACAAAAGAUCUACGACGUUAUAAUGCACCUAAUGCAUCAGAAGUUGCUAUUAUUAUGGUAGGAAAUGCACAAGGUGCAGAACAGUUAAAUCGGGAUAUAGUGCUGCAUACACGCGAAGGUGGACUGCAACGGAUAUCUGAAUUACAUUGUAGUUAUGCCCCGCUUCAUUAUGUCCUUAUGUUUCCCAGGGGUGAGGAUGGGUGGCAUCCUGAUAUUCCAAUAUCUGAUACUUCUAAUAUACAGGAUGAGGAGGAAUCUGAUAUAAACAAUGAGGAUGAAGAAA